AUGCCAUACCAGAUCUUGCACAGGAGAUGGCUGCUUCGGCCGUGGAUGUGGGCGCUGAUGCCGCUCGAGCUCGCCGGCCUCGUGCCGCUCCUCGUCCUCUUCGGCAUCGCUCAACCGGACCUGUAUCGGACCAAGCUGUGGGAGAUCGGCCACCACUACGGCUUCAACUCAGACCCCAGGAUGAUUCUGUACGCGUACGCCAACUACGAGCCGUAUCCUAACGUCCCUUUUGUGUGGACACGAACUCUCACCGACUUCAACGUCGCCAUCUCCGUCAUCACCCUAUUCGUCCUCCUCGUCAAGCUCAUCGCCUUCAUCAUGAAGUUCUGGUUCCCCAUGCUUGCUGCCGGCAUCAACCUCGCCAUGGUCGCUCUCUACACCGUCUCCGUCUACGGACAGAUGGGGCCCGACCACGCCGACCCGCGGUACCCCUCCAAUGUUGCUUGGUACAUCGCCAAGUCGUGCGACUACGCCCGCCCGUUCCGCGCAUACAAGUCAUGCCAGCUCGCCAAGGGGACGUUCGCGAUCACGGUGUACAUGCUCGCGCUGUACGUGGCUAACCUGGCCAUUGCGCUGUACGUGUGUUGGCCGAACGAGAGAGACAGGGCGGGCGCGGUCCAGGAAGACGGGAGCGACAGCGGGAGCGGGAGCUCGCCGUCGGAUUACAUCAAGGAGAGAGAGUGGGAGAUGACGGGCAUGAAGGGACCUGCGAGCCCGAGGGUGAUGCCGUAUACCCCGCGGACGCAGGCGUUCCACACCCUGGACAGGAAGUUACCGCUGAGGCAGCAUUAUGGUUAA